AUGAUCGCAUUCAAAGCAACAGCCGUCCUGGUCCUGCUAGCGGCCGCCGCAGCGCGCCCCUCUGACGAAUGGGAGCCCGAAGGCCACUCGCACACGGAGCACACGAAGCCCUACCACGUGACGGUGGUGAAGAAGAUCGGGGUGCCCAUACCGCACCCGGUGGCCGUGUCGGUGCCGCAGUACGUCAAAAUCCCCAUCCCGCAGCCCUACCCUGUGCACGUCACCGUAGAGCAGCCGAUACACGUCCCAGUCUACAAGGUUGUGCCCCAGGUGGUGGAGAAGCCGGUGCCCUACACGGUGGAGAAGCCAGUGCCGUACGAAGUGGAGAAGCCAUACCCCGUUGAGGUGGAGAAGAAGGUCGAGGUGCCGAUCCCCAAGCCUUACCCAGUCCACGUGCCGGUGUACAAACACAUCUACCACCACAAGGGGGGCAAACAC